UUCUAGAAGGGGGUGAUUGUGACUUCUGACAAAGAAAGGAAUAAUGGAACUGAUUUUGACCAAUCAAAAACCAAAUGUAUCAUUCCUAGUGGAGGAUAUAAUGCAAGACUCUAACUCACAGGGUUGGUUGGUAGAGUUUUGAAACCAUGGUCUUCUAACCUGCUUUACCUCCUGACCAAGUGUCUGUGGAUUUAGAAGGUAAUUCUGCCAGGCUUCCACAGACAGUAGGGAGGGGAGGUGGAGUUCCCCAGGCUGCAGCUGGAAAACCCCGGAACAUCGAAGAGAUGGAAAAAAGAGAACUAAAGGCUGCUGUUCCAAAAUUUGACAAGGUCCCUUGGCUUAGUGAGGCCAGCCUCACUAACAAGCCGCUAGUGAUCAGUCUCCCAAACAGAUCUCACUCCUCUGCUGCUUUUCUGACCUCGUGGAGGAGGCACAUGAAUUCACCUACUUCAUUUCAAGGUCCAGAUGUCUCAUCUAAGGAUGGAAGGAACCAGAGUGACCCCUGGUUGCUCAGAAACAAGUGGCUGUGCUCCGCAUGUCGAGAAGUAAAAAUGGCACAACCAAGAACUAUGACAAUCCCAGAUGAUCUGAAACUAUCCUUCAAGAAUCUAAUGAAUCACAGAAUGAUGAAUCUUCGUCAAUCCAAAGCCCAGGCUAUGCCUAAACCUUCUUGUGAUGACAUGCUAACAGAGAGUAUUCACUACAGACUGCCUAUUGUGGGUCCCAGGACGGGUGUCUUCCACGGGCUGCUGUCAGAUGUCUACAGAACCCUUCAGGAAACUCAGCACCCUCCCUUGCCCAGAAAGAAACCAAACAGCAAGGCAAUAAAGCGAUGAGGCAUCAGACCUCCCCCUCUCUUGA